AUGAAUUAAAGAGGGCUCAUGGAAGAAUUGAUUAUGAUUCAAACUUAAUGCAACAUUAAUGCAAUAAAAGCUAAUUAAUUGGUUUCAUUGAGGCAGAGUCUCUUCAAGCGAUCGAGGAAAAUCAAUAGAAAAGCAAAGAGAUUUAAGCAUAUCUAGGAGAAGAUAGUUAAAAAAUGGUCUUAAUAAUGUGCCAAGGAAAAAAGAAUCAAUGAGGAUCAUUUAAAAUAUUGUUCAGCUGUGCUAUUGCCAUACGGUUCAGUGUUAUUGGGUGUUGCAGACAGCAAAUCUGAUAUAGAUUUAAUUUGCAUUGCUCCAGAAUUUAUAGACAGAAGGGAGUAAUUUUUUAAUGGCCUAUUUUACUUGUUAUCAAAUGAGCAAGGAAUGGAAUAGAUAAAUAAAAUUGAAAGCACCUCAAAUCCCAUUAUAAAGAUGAUUUACAAAGGAUUUCAUAUAGAUAUUAACUUUGCUCAGUUAAAUUCAGAUAGAGUCCCUGAAAAUAUAGACGAUAAUUUAGAUGAAUUACGAAGAAACCUAUUGUAAAGUGAAGAUAAAUCAUUGUAUGCUUUGAAUGGUCGAAAGAAUGGUAUUUUAAUUAGUAAAUCAAUGCCUGACCAUUCCCAAUUCGUUUAGGCUUUGAGAAUCAUAAAGUAAUGGGCAAAGAAAAGAAAGGUGUCAAGCAACAUAAUCGGUUAUUUGGGAGGUAUAAGUUGGGCAAUCUUGAUGGCAAAGAUUUGUUAACUAUUUCCAAGAGUGGAUGUGUGUUAAACUGUUAGUCUAUUUUUCUAAAUUUACUCUCAAUGGAAUUGGAAAAUACCAGUUGUGAUUGAUGAAUCUGAGUAAGAUUUUAUUUAGAUAGAGACUUUUAAGACUCUCUGUUGGAAGAGAGAUGAAGAUAAAAGGAAUGAUAAGAUAAUGCAGAUCAUAACUCCGGCAUAUCCAUUCUUCAACACAACAUUCAAAGUCAAUAAGAUCACUUUUCAAACCAUCUUCCAAGAAUUCCAGAUCGGAGCUUAGAAAUUAGGAGAUUGGAAUGAAGUAUUGAGACCAUUAGAUUUUUUUGAUUGUUUUUAAUACUUUGUUGCCAUAUCUAUAGUUUCUAAGAGCUCUGAGAACUUUCAUAAGUGGACUGGGUUUUGUGAAGCACAAUUACCUAAACUAUUAAAGUUGAUUGGACACAAUGAAGCAAUUUAUGAUAAUACUAGUUUUGAGUUGAGAAUAACACCUGAUGGAGAAGAGAAUCUUGAAAGAGAUUAUGCCAAAUCUCUCACAUAUUUCUUGGGGAUCAAGAAAUUAAAACCAGAUGCAUGGCCUCUCUUCUUAAGGAUUCCUAUUACUUAGUUUGCAAUAGAAUUAAAUCAGAGAAAACUAUAGAGUUUUAAAAAUGAGGAGGAAUUCAAUAUGAAGAUUUAUGUUGCCAAUGUGACUGAUAUUGAUCAAUUAAGGGGAAAAUUGUCUCCAAGAAUGUAUGAUGAUUCGGAUUGCAUUGUGAAGAAGAUCAAGAUGAAUGAAGAAGAUAAAAAUGGAAGUGCUUAUUUGGUUAAGAGAGUCUCUUCAAUCUAAAGCAGUGGUAUCAACUAGGAUGUAUUAAAUGAUAUGUUUUGA